AUGAUAAGUGUAAUUCUCAUUUCCCUGGUUUUGUUUCUUCUGGGUGCGCAGUUCCUGAAAUUGCAAUGGAAAAGUUGUGGAUAUCCUCCUGGACCAACUCCAUUUCCCAUCACUGGAAGCAUCUGGUGGAUAAAUUUUAGAGCUGAUCAUGGGAGCCUGAAAAAGCUGGCAAAUAUCUAUGGCAACAUCUGCACCCUGUGGCAGGGUCACAAACCUAUGGUGGUGCUGUAUGGAUUCCAAGCCACGAAAAACGGUCUCACCACCAACUCAGAGGACGUUUCCAGGCGACUACAGACCUAUGUCUUCAACAGAAUGGCAAAUGGAAAGGGUAAGAGAAUCCUGGUCUUAAAUGGUCUCAUCUGGAAACAUCAGAGACAUUUUGGAAUUGGAGCUCUCCAAAAACUGGGAACGGGGAAUAAUGGAAGGGAGCAUGAGAUACAAACCGAGGCCUGUUAUCUGGCCAAGUUCUUCAGGGACAAAGAUGGAAGAGCAGUCGCCCCUUCCUUCCCCAUUGUUCGCGCUGUCUCUGACCUGAUCUGUGCUGUGGUUUUUGGACAUUGUUUCUCUGGAAAGGACGAAACCUUCCGCCAGCUGAUGGAAGCAUACGAUUGUAUAGUGGCUUUUGGGAGCAGCUACCUUUACUAUAUAUGUGAAAUUUUCCCAAGGGCUGCAGAGCACCUCCCAGGACCUGCACAGAAAGCAUUAUUUCCCUGUGAUUUCAUUCGUUCUUUCAUAAGGCAGGAAAUCAACAGCCACAGAAGGGAAAGAGGAAUAAUAGAUGAACCAGGAGAUUUCAUUGACUUUUACCUGGAUCAGAUAGAGAAAACUAAAAAUAUCCCCAGUUCUACAUUUGAUGAAGACAACACGGUGCAGUCUGUUUUUUACCUUUUCCUGUGUGGCUCAGAGACCACCGCCACCACUCUGUGUCGGGCUCUGCUCUAUACGGUGGCUUAUCCUGACAUCCAAGAGAAAUUCCAAAAGGAACUGGAUGCUGUUCUGGGUUGUUCCCAUUUAAUUUGCUAGGAGGACAGGAAAAAGUUGCCCUGUACAAAUGCUGUAAUUCACGAGAUCCAGCGAUACAGUAAUAUAAUCUUAAUUGCACUUCCCAGGCAGAGCAUGAAGGACAUGGAGCUGCUGGGAUUUCCUGUUCCAAAGAGCACUAUAAUUUUAUUGAAUAUUGACUCUGUUCUGUCUGAUCCUGGAAAAUGGGAGACAUCUGAUCAGUUCAACCCAGGCCACUUUCUGGAUAAAGACGGAAAUUUUGUAAACAGAGAAGCAUUCUUACUGUUUUCAAUAGGGCACUGUGUGUGUAUUGGGGAGCUGUUGGAGCUCUUUAUUGUCUUUUCCACCCUGUUACAGGCAUUCACACUCACUCUCCCAGAAGAACUGAAAGAAGUCAAUACAAAGCUUGGUUUUGGGAGCACAAUGAAGCCACCUCCCUACCAGCUCUAUGCCAUUCCUUGGUAG